AACCGAUCCCUAGGAGAACUGAUGUCUAGACCCCCAGGAAACCCAUAAUCUUCUAGGGGCGAUCUCAGGUGCAGGGGAUUUCUGUUCACCUACAUCCAGAGGCAACCAUCCCUCCCAACUCAAGGCAUCUUUUCUUCCACAAGUUGCAACCCUCAAAAGGCCACCUCGCCCCUUUCCCUCUGCCACAUAGAGUCAGGAUCAGGUAUGGACACCGACCUUCCAGUCUCCCUGUCUCCGGCCUUUCUCAAAGUAACCAGGGUACGUGCUCAAGCCUGCCCCAGGGUAGGCGCCACCAACUUGCCCCGCAGCGUGACCCCCAGACCCUCAGGGCGCUGGGCCACUCGUGCCUCCCGCCCUGCCCUCCGCGUGGGUACAGCAGCUGGCCCCGCCCCAACCUCGUCCCCGCCGCGCGCCCAGCGCCCCACCCCGGGCCCGCCGCGCUCAGCUACGCUCGCCCCACCGCUGCGUGCCCCCGCCACGUCGCUGGGCGGCUCCCGCGGCUCCCGGGGCUCUAGCGGCAGCACCUCCGGUCUCCAUGGCGACGCGGCGAACCAGGCUUGUAGCACUGAAUCAAGCGCUAGCGGCGAGCGGGCCUGGACCUCCUCCUGGUCAGCUCUUCGCGGGAUCUCCUUGGCAGGGCCUCCAGCGGGUUGGGGUUCUGGAGCCCCACGGCUGUCGAGGCAUCGCCCGAGAAGUCUUGGCCCUGAGUUUUGUAUUCCUGAAAUCCACAGAAACUACCUAGACAAGAAGGAAGUUGUAAAGGCACCAAAAAGCAGACAGAAUGGUAGGUUGAUAGUGUUUGCUCCAAAGGAAAAAGUGAUGACAGAUCCAAAUAAAGAAAUGUCACAAAAAUGCUUUGGACACAGACCAAGACCGGCAAGCAAGAUUUAUACUUCCCCACUGCAGAUUUCCCCGGGUGUAACUAAUACAUUCUCAGCAAAAAAAGAAACCUCUUCAAAGAAGACUGAAGACCUUCACUCUUUUAGGACUGAAAACAGAUCAUCAUCCAGGAGUAUUGAAAAUAAAGAUGUCCUAAAUCGGCAGUCCGACCUGUGGUCAUCUUCCUUCCUGAAAGAAUGUGCAGGUGAAGUGGGCAAGGAUUUGGUCCUUGCAAAGCAGGAGAAAAAUAGUGAGUGUUGCCUUGAGGACAUUGAGGAGAAGCUGUCAGAUUCGACAGAUGGUGAUGGAGAAGAUGAUACCAAUGGUGAAGAAGAUGAAGUCCCCACCAAGAAGGAGACUCGUGCCCCGCUGGAGCUAAUGGCAGAAUUCCUGAGAGCAGAAAUGGGCCGAGACUACCAGCUGGCAAAAAAAUUGUGUCAGAUGAUCCUAAUCUAUGAACCAGAAAAUCCUGUUGCCAAGGAAUUUUUCUCACUUAUUGAAGAAAUAUUGCUGAAGGAGAAAGCACAGAAACAUGAGGAAGAGGAAGAGGACAGUGAUGAGGAGGACACGAGCAGUGAGAGUGAAACAGAAAGCAGUGAGGAUGCCAGCUCCGACGACGACGACGACAGCUCCGACGAGUGCGAAGACGGGGCCUAA